UAUAUUUGCUCUCUUUUUCUUCUAAAUCUUUCAUUUCACAUGCUCAACCACAACAACAAUAACACAUCUUUAUUCUCUCUCUCUCUCUCACCUUCUUCAUAACAUUUUCUUUUUUCCAAUUCCAUUCUAAUUAUUUGUACCUUUUUCCUUUUUAUUAAAGUUACAUUAAAAAAAUAAUCUUGGGUUCCCCACUCUCACAAAGUGGCAUUUCAUAUUUCAUCUUCUUGUCCUCUCUGCUCUUUUGUUCUCUCAAAAACUUUCAUUUUUAUUUUUUAAUUUUUUGUUCCCAUGAUGAAAAACAUUUAGACCAUGUUUUGCAUUUCUUUCUGCACUUUCGUUUUUUUUUUUGGUUUUCUAUUGAUCUCUUGACUGACACUAAUUCCAUAUUCUUUCCUGUUCAUUUCAAACUCCAAAAAUGAGCUUCCCUUCUCUGGGUCUUCAUUAGAAUCAAAUCAGUAUUGAUUUUUUUACAAAACAAAAAUGGUGAACACCCAGAUGCUCAAAUUGAUUCUUGCUCUUACUUCAACAACAUCUUUAGUGUUUUUUGUUCUUUUCAUCUACUUUUACUGUAAGAGAACGAGGAGAAAUGAGAGUGAAGAUAUAGAGAAAACAGAGUAUAGAAAUGGAGACGAGACUCACGAGGAGGAGGAGGAUGAAGAAGAAGAGGAGGACUUAGUGACUUUUCAUGGUGGUCAGGACUUAACGGUUGGUGAUAUACUUGAUGCUCCAGGAGAAGUGAUUGGAAAAUCCAACUAUGGUACUUUGUACAAGGCCUUUCUUCAAAACAGCAAGUCAGUGAGGCUUUUGAGGUUUCUGAGGCCUGUUUGUGCAUUAAGAGGUGAAGAUUUUGACCAAAUAAUUAGGUUUCUGGGGAGUAUAAGGCAUCCCAAUUUGGUGCCUCUUCUGGGAUUUUAUGCAGGACCAAGGGGUGAGAAGCUUCUGGUUUAUCCUUUUUACCACUGUGGUAAUCUUGCUCAGUUCAUAAAAGACUGCAAUAAUGAGGCACAGAAGUGGGCCAUAAUUUACAAGAUCUCACUUGGUAUAGCUAAAGGGUUGGACUAUCUUCACUCUGGCUUUCAGAAGCCAAUCAUUCAUGGCAAUCUCAAGUCCCAAAACAUACUCUUGGACCGCUAUUUCCAACCCCACAUCUCAGAUUCUGGCUUACAUCUUGUCCUGAAUCCAACUGCUGGCCAAGAAAUGCUUGAAUCCUUAGCCUCACAGGGUUACAAAUCACCUGAGCUCAUCAAAAUGAAGGAAGCAUCUGAAGUGACUGAUAUUUACAGUCUUGGGGUAAUCUUACUUGAAUUGCUUACAGGAAAGGAACCAGUCAAUGAGAACCCAACUACACCAGAUGAGGAUUUCUAUUUGCCAAAUUAUCUUAGAAAAGCAGUUCUUCGGCACAGAGUCACUGACUUAUUCAAUCCAAAUAUACUAAUCACAAGAGAUGACGAUUAUGAAGUACCAGUAACUGAGGAAAAUAUUCUCAAGUUUUUUCAGCUUGCUAUGUCUUGUUGUUCACCUUCACCUUCACUUAGACCAACCAUCAAACAGGUUCUAUGGAAGCUGGAAGAGAUUGGAAAAUGAGGUAACUGGUAACUGGUUCCGAGUCAAAUGUGUCUCCUUACAACAAAGUCUCUUCUCCAAAAUCUGCAUGAAUCAAAGGACAUGAAAAUAACAACUACAGAAGCUGAUGUUGACUUGUAUAGAUAGGAUAAAAAAUGCACAAAUUGGAAGAGGGGUCUUCAAAGCUUAAAAGAAAGAAAAAAAAAAGGCAUAAAAUUUUGAGUACCCAACAAGGGAAUUGAGAGAUUGUUGAUGUUGAUGCCUAGAGAUAAGAGGUAGUACAUCCAAACUCAUUCACUUUGUCCAAUUCAACAAGGAUCACAGAAUAUCUUAUUUGGCUCUUUGGUUAAUUUGUUUGUUUUGGACUUGAGAUUUCUCUCUUGCCAUGAACAGAAUAGUGAGAUAGUAAAGUCCCUACAGGGCCCCAAAAUGUCCCAAAACUACUACAACAGUUUUGGCUUAAGUUGCAGAAACAUGAAGUUUGACUAUUGGAUUAUUGGUAUGGAAUCUCAUUGACAUAAGCUAAUGGUAUAACUCUAUAGCUUUUAACCAUAUUGUUUAUUGAUUUUUUCUUCAUUAAAAUUUGAUAAGUAUGGGUGUGUGUCAUUAGUUCCCAAGUUUCUUAGAAGUUGGAGCUGCUGUUGGGGUGACUCCAUAUUUCCAUGUUAAUCUUAAACAUUACUUUUUUAUUUUUAUUUUUAUUUUUAUUAUUAUAAAUUUAUUUUCUUGUUUAUUCCAAGAAAACGGCAACACUGCCAUGUGAGGGUUGGUCACGUUGAGCUUGAAUGUCAUUUAUGCUCCCUUUCCGCA